AUGAAAUCAAUUUUUUUUUGUUUUACCCAUCUUUUAAUUAUACCAAAAAGAUUAUGUUUAUUAUGGGUUUUAUUACCAGUUAGAACCUAUUUAGCAUUUUCAGGUACAUCUAUGGUUUAUUAUAUAGUGAUGUUUUUUACAUGGAUAUCAUUUUAUGAUUUAAAUUUACCAGGUUGUUCGAAAUGGAUGAUUACAUUAUUCUUUUGUAUAUUUGUUGGUAUUUCAAUUGCAUGGUUAAAAGUAGUCACAGAAAUCAAUGUUCAAGAUAAUCGUUUAUCAUUUUCAUUCAUUGAUGGUAUUACAUUCCUUUUAUGUGCAGUUUGUUAUUUCAUCUAUGUGGUAUACCAUAAACUUAGAAAGAACUAUAUCGAUGAAAAUGAAAAUAUCGUAGAUCAAGAAGGUCAAAGAAGAACCAAAAGAAAAUCAAAACCAUGGACAAAGAGAAUAUCAAAAAUAAUGUGCUAUUAUAAAAUCAUUGAUAUGGAUGAAGACGAUAAUAUUAAACAAUUAAAUUUCGCUCAUAGUAAUCGUAGUAGUGAAGUAGUAUCAACCACAACCGAUAGUGAGGGUAAUGUAGUUACAACUAUAACCACAUCCAACAGUAACAACAACAACAACCACGACAGUAGAGAUUUAACAUCAUCAAAUGAAAAUGUUGUCGCAACACCUGACGAAGUUGGUGGUGAAGGUAUGGAAAUGAACAUGUUUAAAGAUUUAUCAAGUAGUAAUGAAAAACCAACUGGAGCAUCAUCAAAAUCAUUCCUUAGUUCAUCACAAUUUAAAGAGAAUUUAAAAGUUGAUCAAAAAACUGGAAAUCAAUCAGAUCAUUCAUUUAGAACCCGUACUAAAACCAUUACAUUGGAUAACUAUACAUUGGUACCAAAAUUUGAAAUAUCAUAUCGUAAUUUCCUUUCAGUUGUACUCUAUCAACUCUUUGUAAUUGGUACUUGGUUUUGGCUUCAUAACUUCGAAAGUUUUGUACGUGAAAAAGAUUAUUUCCGUACACCAUUCUUAGCUUUAGUUUCGAUCGUAGUUUUUCAAGCAAGUCGUAUCGUUUUAAUGGGUAUUUCAAAUGGUUUAAAUCGUUUAUUAAAACCUGGUGAAAUUAGAUAUUUCACAUUAUUCCAAUUUCCAUUAAUGUUUUUCCUUUAUUAUAGAAAUUUAUUUUUAAAUACAAAUAGUUGGAGUAUUACAAUUUUAAUUAGUUUUGUAAUUUUUGCAAUUGAUAUUGUUUAUUAUCCAUUACAUAUGACAAAGAAGUUUUGGUUAUUUAGACAUACAACUUUAAUUAGUUAUUUGGAUAAACGUGCAUCAACUUCAUUAAUAUUUAGAGUUGCCAGGGCAUUUUUGGCCGAUCAGAAUACAUCAUAUGAUAAACAUAUUAUGAAUCUUUCAAUUGAAUAUUAUUAUGAUAAAAUGGCAGAAUAUAUAUCAAUUGUUACGAUGGCAGCAUUUUUAUCAUUAAUAAGAGCUUUAGAUUGGAAGAGUGCAAAUUAUGUAACAUUCCAUGCUUUAUCACCUGACCAUUUCCAUCAAUUACUUUAUAGAUAUCUUUAUCUAUUAUGUUUUGAAUUUGCCUAUGAUUUAGGAUUACGUUUUGCUUCAAGAAAGUUCCUAAAAGUUGAUAUCUCUAAUCGUGGUCGUAAUGAAACAAUUUCAAACUUUUGUACUCGUUUCAUUUUCUCAUUAUUUGUUUUAUAUGAUUUAAUGGAUGUUUAUAAUAUUCAAUUAAGAUAUGUAAUUCCUGAUUCAAGUGGUAUUGGUAGUAGUUCAAGUAGUCUUAUUACUAGUAGUAGUACUAGUACUUAA